AUGCCGUCGAAUCCUGAUCUUGAUCGUAAACGUGAAGAAUAUAAACAACAAAUUGAAAAACCAUUACAAAAAGGUGAUAAAUAUGUAUUAGUAGAUGCAAAAUGGUUUGAGCACUGGAAACGUUAUGUUGGUUUAACUGCGCCUGAUUCAUCAGUGACUUCAAAACACGAACAACAAUUGGAUUCACUUGGUCCGAUUGAUUUUACCGGUUUAAUUGACCCAUCGACCAUUACUCAUGAAGAUGGUGUUCAAUUGCGCGCAGACGCAAUAGAAGGAAACGAUUAUUAUCCCAUCUCAUAUGAAUUAUAUGCUGAAUUAGUUUCAAAAUAUGAUAAACAAGGAAAAGAAAUCAUUCGUCACGCUAUAUCUGAAAAUGAACAAACAGUUUUAAUUGAAAUAAGACCAUUAUCAUUACGUUUGUGUAAAAGUCGUGGUGAGUUAUCCUCACAGAGUAAACAAGUUUAUCGCAGUCGUACAACAACCAUUGGAAAAUUAAAAGAAGAGAUGAUAAAAUAUUUUUCACUUACACCUGAUUCUAAUUACCGUCUAUAUAUGGGAACUACCAAUGGAAUAAACGGUACCAAUUGGGAAUUGCUUAGUGAUAAUAAUACUAACAAAUCAAAAACAUUGAAUGAUUUAUCAGUUGUAAAUAACUCUUCUAUUAGUAUUGAAUCUCCUUCAUCAUUUACAUCAUCAAGAGCAAUAAUGUCCGUUUCUCCUGCAACUUCCGGUCAGCAUCCACCCGGUCAAUGUGGCUUAUCAAACCUUGGAAACACUUGUUUUAUGAAUAGUGCGAUUCAAUGCAUUAGUAAUGUUAGAGAAUUAACAGCCUAUUUCUUGAAUGAUGAAUAUAAGCCACAUAUCAACACAGACAAUCCUUUGGGUAUGAGGGGUGACGUGGCCACUGCUUAUGCUGAUCUUAUUAAAAAUAUGUGGUCUGGUAAAAAUUCUUACUAUAUACCAAAAACAUUAAAAGUAAACGUUAGCCGUUAUGCACCACAAUUUAGCGGUUAUUCACAACAAGAUAGUCAAGAAUUUAUAUGUUUUCUAUUAGAUGGUUUACAUGAAGAUUUAAAUUUAGUUAAACAAAAACCUUAUAUUGAAAAAACAGAUGAUGAUGGUAAUAAAGAUGAUGAGACAUUAGCUAAAGAACAAUGGGAAUAUUAUAAAAAACGUAAUCAAUCAAAAAUAAAUGAAAUAUUUCAUGGACAAAUAAAAUCACAAGUACAAUGUUUAGAUUGUAAAACACUAGGACGUACAUUUGAUCCAAUUUGUUUUUUAAGUUUACCAUUACCAAAUAAGAAAAAAUUACGUUUAUUUAAAAUUGAAUAUGUACGAUUAAAUGGUAAAAUAAAAUUUUAUCAUCUUAAAACAAAUGAACGUGGACGAAUGUCAAAUUUAAUUAAAGAUUUUAUACAAAAAUUUACACCAAAAAAACCAUCAGCAAUAACAUCUGAUGGUGAUCAAACGGAAGAUAAUAUUCUAGGUGGUGAUGAUGAAAAUUUGAAUGAAAAUGAUGAUAGUGAUUUUUUGGAUGAGAACGAUGAUCAUGUACCAAAAAGUGAUCACAUAUUAGCAACAGAAGUUUAUAAUCAUCGUAUUCAUUUACAAUAUUCGGAUGAUACUUUAUUAUCAAAUAUAUUAGAACGUGAUCAAAUUGUCUUUUAUGAAGUACCUGUUUCAUUAAAAAAAGAAAAUAAUGACACAAUAUUAAUGCCAUGUUUACUACGUACAAUGGAUAGUAUGCAUCAAAAUUUUGGUCUCCCAUUUUAUUUAAAUAUUCCAAGACAUAAAUGUCAGGGAAAAAAUAUUUUAGAAGCAUUGCAACAAGUAAUAGGAAAUUUUUUACCAUUAAAUACAUCUUCGUCUUCAUCAUCUAUUGUUGAUACAACAAAACCACCUUAUAUAGCACAUUGUGUCUGUAGUCAAAAUUAUACACAAACAACAAAAUUAUUAACUAAUGUUUUAGAUGAUUUAUUUGAUUUUUCACGAACAAAUACUACUCUUGUUUGUGAUGUUGCUCGACCCAUUGUUGAUCAAUAUGAAAAAGAAGAACAAAAACGUAUAGAUAAAGAACGUAUGAGUUCAGGUGGUCAUAAUUCAUCCACAUCAGGCAUGACAACAAGAAGUCAACAACAAAAACAAUCGAAUAUAUCUCUAUUAGAUUGUUUUAAAUAUUUUACAACAAAAGAAACAUUAUCCGAUCAUGAUCAAUGGUAUUGUCCAAAAUGUAAAGUAUUAAAAAAUGCCACAAAAAAAUUUGAUCUAUGGUUAUUACCAAAAGUAUUAAUUGUACAAUUAAAAAGAUUUAAUUAUAAUCGUUAUUAUCGUGAUAAAAUUGAUCUAUUUAUUGAUUGUCCAAUACAUGAUUUAGAUUUAUCACAAUUUGUAUUAAAUCGUAAUGAAAAACAAAAUGCUAAAUAUGAUUUAAUUGCCGUAUCAAAUCAUAUGGGAGGUUUAGGUGGCGGUCAUUAUACGGCACAUGCAAAAAGUUUUCACGAUCAAAAAUGGCAUACAUUUGAUGAUAGUUGUGUAUCUGAUAUUGAUGAACAAAAUGUUGUAACAAAAUCAGCAUAUGUACUUGUUUAUCAACAACAACCAUAUGCUCAGAAUAAUAAUGAUAGUACAAAUAUUACAGAUGAAAAUGAGACAAAUUCUUCAACAAGAAAGUUAAAAAGUGCACGUACAAGAGGUCAAAUAGACAGUAACAAAAUGGAUGUAGAAAAUUAA